AGAAAUAUCAGGUAUGGAGUUGACACAUCAGCACUUGAUACAGCAUUUACAUCUGAUGGCCAGCUCAGUAGGAUUGCAGCUUGGACCAGAUGGUGGGGUUGGCACCUCCAGAUCAUUAGAUCAGAUUCAGUGGAAUUUCAGCCUUUCUGACUUAACAGCAGAUUUAUCAAACUUGGGAGAUUUGGGAGCCCUAGGAAACUAUCCUGGUUCUCCAUUUCUGCCCUCUGAUUCUGAAAUUUUACUUGAUUCUCCAGAUCAUGAGGACAUAGUGGAGGAAUUUUUUGUGGAUUCUGUCCCUGGUCAACCAUCCCAGUCAGAUGAAGAGAAAUCCUAGUCUAAGUGUUCCCUUUUGGCAAAAAAAUGGAAGAUAGGAGAAGAAGCAAUGCCAUCACCCAUGGAAUCACCUAUGGAAAUGCCUGGUUAGUCAUUCACAUUCUUAACAUUGCAUUGUUUGUUUCCAAAGACUGAAACGUUUUGUAUCAUAAGAUUGUGUGAACAUAUGGGACGAACCGUUGCCUAUUGGAAACAGAAUCAUGCGCAGCUCAUUGUCAGAAAGAUUGUUGUCGGCGAGAAAGAAAGAAAAUUGGAAAUUUUAUUUUUAUUUUUAAUAAUUAGUUCAUAAAUGACACUCUUUGUCUCUUGAUAUUUAGAAAUAGUGCCUAAAGUUUGAUUCUGUUGAA